CGCUUCCCUUCUCUCCUCACAUUACCCCCGGCCGCACCACCCCCUUCUUCUCCAACCUCUUGCAGCUGCAGACACAAUCGUUAAAUCGCGAUCACCGCAGCAAGCCAUGUCGUCGCAGCGGCCCGGCCGUCACCAGCGGAGGGCGUCGCAGAGCGUGUUCGUGCUCCCGGAUAACUUCGCCGACCUCGACGACGUGCCGGCCGGCGCCGGCGGCGCCGGCGAGGACGGCCGGAAGGGCGCCGCCGCGACGGCGGACGCGGCCGGCGGGCAGCAGCAGGCUCGCCCAUCGCCGGCGGCGCGCCACCGGAGGGCGAUGUCGGUGGCCGUGGCGUCGUCCAGGGAGCUGGAGAUGAUCAAGGAGGACAUGGGCAGCUACAAGAUCGGCGCCUGAUGCAGCAUCGAUCGCACACACAGGGGCGCCGUGCUUAGUACUUGCGGCUAAAUCGUCAUGUGUAUGGCCGGUUAAUUUUCGUGGUUAAGCGCGGCACGCGUCGCGUCAACCGAUGUCUCGCUUGUUCUCUCUCUUCUUCUUCUUCUUCUUCUUCUUCUUCUUCUUCUUCUUCUUCUUCUUCUUCUUCUUCUUCUUUUCUCUCUUUUGGUGAGGACAUGUAAGAUGGGAGAUGUAAUAUUAUGCUUCCUUUUUCCACACGAUGACUGAAUGAAUCACUAAAAUGUGUGAACUCUA